AUGGGGCGCUCUGCAGACUCUGUGCACAGCAGUCCGCAUGGCAUAGAAAGCCCAGCUGGCCUCAUUGCUGAGAACCUUCUCAAAGCCAAAGAAAUAGCCCUCAAUGACUCUCGUGUUCCUGAACAGCUCAAGAAUUACUUACAAAAAGCUCUUGAUAUUGCUCUUGGACUAGACCCUUACAUGGAUGCAAUGGCAGCUUCGAAGAGAAACACUUCACCUGACCAUGGCCAAGGGGACACUGGAGGAACUGAAACCAAAAUUAGGCUGCAGGAAGAACGCGCCUCUGGCUCUUUGAAUGGCAAGUUGGUCAACCAAGAGGAUAAAAUUGCACCAGAUUGGUGUGAAGGCCAAAUUUUUAGGAUGUUUGUUCAUAUGAUCAGAGCCAGGAAGAUUUUAUUAAUUGGCAAGCUUAAAGGUUACAGUAUCCUUGAUAUCGCAGAAGAAUUGCCAGAUGACGGCAAAAUCUUCGCAUGUGCAGAAGCGCCGUAUCUCGGAGUGAACAGCCAAGAAGCAUUUGAUUGUUCUUCACAUGGUAAAAAGAUAAGCAUGCAAGUGGGACCAACGGCAGACACUUUGGAGGCAUUACAUGCUGAGGAUGAGCACUUUGAUAUAGUCUUUAUUGAUGCUGAUCAAAGGAACGCUGGUAACUACUACAGCUUUGUCAUGGAUAACCACUUGCUGAGAAUGGAUGGAGUCAUCUGUAUAGAGAAUACACUCAUGAAAGGACAAGUCUACCUGGAGAACAUAUCUGAUGAAAAUAUAAUUUUACCUGUGCAGAGUGGACUGAGCAUCAUUCGAAGGAGCCCUGCACCUCCAGAUGCAGUGAUGGAAUCCAAGAAAGAAGUGGUGAGGGAUGAUGUCUUCUGGGGUUAUAACAGGUGCCGCAUCCUUGACCGGCUGCGUUUGGAUGGCAAGGUGGCCUACGUCACAGGCGGAGGGCAGGGAAUUGGGAGAGCCUUUGCUCAUGCGCUGGGGGAAGCUGGUGCUAAAGUAGCUGUGGUGGACCUGGUCCUCGCAAAGGCAGAAGCAGUGGUGUGUGAACUCAGCCUCAAAGGGAUUAAAAGCAUCGCCCUCGCAGCAGAUGUAAGCAAACCCGAGGAUGUGCAAAGGACUGUGGAUACAAUCGUGGCUCGCUGGGGCACAGUCCACAUUGCAUGCAACAAUGCGGGAAUCAAUAUGAACUCUGCAAGCGAAGAUACUUCCCUCGAAGAAUGGGACAAAACUUUUAAUGUUAAUCUACGAGGAUUAUUUUUGUGCUGCCAAGCUGCAGGCCGCAUUAUGCUGAAUCAAGGAUAUGGGAAGAUAAUUAACACAGCAUCUAUGGCAAGUUUAAUAGUGCCGCACCCACAGAAGCAGUUGGCGUACAACGCCUCAAAAGCGGGGGUCGUAAAAUUAACACAGACAUUAGGAACCGAGUGGAUUGACAGAGGAGUAAAAGUCAACUGCAUUUCUCCGGGCAUCGUCGAUACGCCGCUCAUCCGCUCCAAGGACCUGCGGCCGCUGGUGCGGCGCUGGCUGGCGGACAUCCCCGCCGGCAGGCUGGCCCAGGCCACCGACCUGCAGGCUGCCGUCGUCUAUUUGGCCUCCGAAGCCUCGGAUUACAUGACGGGCCAUAAUCUGGUCAUCGAAGGUGGCCAGAGCCUGUGGUGA